GUUUACAUGUGUCAGCUGACGGCCGGUCCACGUGCGUCUCUUGCUCCGCUCUCCAGAUAAAUUUUUUUUAGCUUAAUCAGGAAAUAUGCUGCGACAACUAAAUUGUGUGUCUAGGGGGAUUUUAGCAACGGGCUGUACGUCUACUCUGUUUCGAAGCAAUCGUCAUCAGUCGUGUAGCAUUGCUGUCGGCCAAGAAGUGAAAGAAGCACUGUUGUCGCAUCAACCAGUUGUUGCCUUAGAGUCUACAAUUAUCACUCAUGGAAUGCCAUAUCCUCAGAAUUUGGAAACUGCCAUUAAAGUUGAAGAUAUUAUCAGAAAAGAGGGAGCUGUGCCUGCCACAAUAGCCAUUAUAAAGGGGCAGGUUCAUGCAGGCAUAUCUUGUGAACAAUUGCACUUUUUAGCUGCCAAAAAGGAUCCGUGUAUAAAAACCUCACGAAGAGAUUUUCCCUAUGUUUUGGCAAAGGGUAUCAGUGGUGGAACUACAGUCUCAGGAACAAUGAUAAUUGCACAUAAGAUGAAUAUUCCCAUUUUUGUGACUGGUGGUAUUGGAGGAGUACAUCGUGGGGGAGAGAAUACGUUGGAUAUAUCUGCGGAUCUCACUGAGCUUGGACGUACACCAGUAACUGUUGUAUCAGCAGGUGUCAAGAGCAUUCUCGAUAUAGGGAAAACAUUAGAAUAUUUAGAAACACAAGGUGUGUGUGUUACUGUUCUGGGUUCUGAUCCUAAGUUCCCAGAUUUCUUUACACGAGACAGUGGCUACACCGCUCCCUAUCACGUAGAAUCACCAGCUCUAGCUGCAUUAAUGAUGCAGAAAAGAGCAGAGCUGGAUAUAAAUUCAGGAAUGUUGAUUGCUGUGCCUAUACCUCAGAGAUACGAAAUUGAAGGCCAACAGAUCAAGAAUGCUAUUGAGCAAGCCGUUAAAGAAGCAGAGUCAGCAGUGCGCGGCAGAGAUGUGACCCCAUACAUCUUGCAACGAAUCCUUGAAAUAACUGGUGGUCAGAGCCUUAAAUCCAAUAUUGCUCUUAUUGAGAAUAACGCGAAGAUAGGCGCACAGAUUGCUGUAGAAUACGCCAAAUUGACUUCUCCUUCAAGUUAUAAACCCCCUGGCUAUUUUCCCAGUAAUGAAUUGAAGGCAUCUGAAGCUCGUGGAAAACCUGUGGUGAUUGGUGGAAGUAUUGUUGAUUUUGUUGCAACAGUGAAGGAACCAGAAAUUAAGGUAUGCUUAUGAUGCUUCUUGUAUCUUUUAAUUGCAGGAUGUAUAACAGUGGUAAGAAGAAACACAAGAUUUUAAAACUAAGUGUUAACUGACAUUAUUAUAAUAAUGUCAGUUAUUUUAGAAGAGACAAAUGAUGCAAUUUGUGCUGGAGAUGACAUUACAGUAAUUCAUAUUGUAAGCUUUGUAAAGUGUCUAAACAGAAAUUGACACUUAACACUUUCGCUGCCCGAUGCUGAAUAUUCCAUCAUGGAACCAAAAUGCAGUACGGAAAACUGAUGAUGAUGCAAACGUCAUCAUUAAUUAAAAAAAUUUGUAAGAAAUUCCAUUUAUUGUCCAAAUUCUAUGGGACUUUUUAAAAAUGAGCUCCAACUUCUGCCCAUUCUCUGUAUACCCCACGUGGCAUCCUGACCCCACUGUGUAGGCACCUACCCAUGCAGGAGGCUCACUUGUGACCUCGCUCAUGACCUUGCUCAUGAGAGGCGCGAACUUCCCUUGAAUCGAAAAGUUCCCCCAUUCCAUCCGACCGCCCCUCGCGGUCACCUGUCCCUCGAUAGAAUUCUUGGUGACUCGGAUACUUUUGAUAUCGUUCGCCUUAUGCGUUUUUGUUCUCGUAUUGGCAUCCUUGGUGAUAUUUAGCGCCCUCUGAUUAUUUUGCGUAUUUGAUGGUGCUACAUAGCCUUCCCGGUUUGGUGCCUUCUUUUGAUAAUUACUUACUUACUUACUUCCCCCAUUCCAGUUAUUUUAUCUCGGUAUUUGUUGUUACCGGCUUUAUAAACACUACAGAUUGACUUUCAAAUGAAUGCUGAUCGAGAACAGAGGCAAUCCAUGACGAAAGCAUUGAAAGAAACACAUAUGAGGGGAAAAGAUAUUGAGUUUUCAUCGAAAGUUUAGAAAACUGAGACUUGUAUGUUUUUUAUAUGCAAAUAUUCCUUUACAUCAUUCAAUUGCAAAUAGUUUGAUAGCAAUUUAAACGCUGUAGCACGGAAAUUAAGGUUAGAAAGCUGAAAGCGAUUAAACACUGGAGUGGUGAACUCUUGGGCAACGCUCGGGCUACCUUGUAGUGACUGGCAGGUCUAAAGUACAGGAAAGGGAGACUUGUAUGUUCUUAUAUGCAGAUACCUCUUUACAACAUUCUGUUGCGAACAAUUUGAUACCAAAUUGAACUACAUAGCACAAAAAUUAAGGUCACAAAGCUGAAAAAGUAUAAACAUUUGUGGGCAGUGGUAAGUUCACGCGUACCACUCGGCCGACCUUGAGGUGCACGGCGAGUCACCCGCCAGGGCAGCGAAAGUGUUAAACUAAAAGUUCAGUACAGUACAUGUUUUCUGUUACAGUAUAUCUAUAUGUAACAUAUAAUAUUGGCAAGACGUAGAUACUGUAUAGUGUAUGAACAUCAGAUUAUAAAAAACUAAUGUUGGUAAAUAUAUUUUGGAAUUUAAAUGCCUUUGAAUAUUAGUGGUAUCUGCAAGUUAAGGUAGGUAAAUUUGUAUUUGUAUUAAAUUUAUAAUGGUAUACAGUAAUUCACAUAGUCUUGCCACAAUCCUGUGAUCACUUAGUUUUUUGUAUCCGAGCCAUAGGAUGGGAAGGUUCGUGAUAACACUCAUUUCCAUGCACAUUAACACUUUGGCAUGCCCAACAGGCAUGUCAAAUUGCACCGGAAGGUAUGCCGAGCAUUCUGGUGAGCAUACAACCCAAUGUUAAACUCUUUCAAUCUCAAUGUUUAUACCUAAUAAUAAGACUUAAGUAAAAAUUAUUGCAUGCUGACGUUUGCGUCAUCACCCACUCUGAAUGUUUUGGUUUUAUGCCGCAUAAUGCGUCAUCAGGAUGGCAAAGUGUUAAGUCAUGUUCAAUUACAAAUUAAACCCAGACAUUUAUCCCUCUUCCUUCACUGCACGCUGGAGAACCACUUGGGUUACCAAGAUUGCUCUAUACAGGAGCAAAUUUUGUACUGUGCUCCAAAAAAUGGUUUCUCUUUAAUCAUUUAAAACACUUAAGGCAUAUCUGAUCAUGGGAUGUGAGUGAUACUCGUGUUUAAGGGACAUUGCCAGAGACUGUCCUGAUAAUAUCAAGUUAGUUAAAAAAUUGUAUGUUCCAGUCUAAAAAUAAAUAAGCUGAAAUCAGAUUUACAUAUUUUUAAAGAUACAGUGGGGCCUCGAUUUACGAUGGUAAUCCGUUCCCAGAGACGUAUCGUAAGUCGAAAUACCUGUACCGUACGUUGAAGUGAUUUUUCCCAUAAGAUAUAAAGGGAAUUGAAUUAAUUCAUUCCACACUCUCAAAAAUGAAAAUACAUUUUAUACUGAA